AUGAUUGCACUCAAGACACAGCCAGACGGAUCGCCUCUUGAUCGGAGGCAGGCCGUCACAGACACCCCCGAUGCCCGGGUCGUGUCCAAGCCCGUGCCAGAAGCGCAGGUUCAGGACCCGCGCGGCUAUCACAUUGAACAGCUCAAGAGGAGAUUCUCACCCAAAGAGUCUACGACUGCGGCAGGAGAGACAUCGCUGGUAUUCAAGCUUAAGCCUUCGGAUCCAGAUUUUCCCUUUGAGCUGCCCUACUUGGAUUGCGAUGUCCGCGUUCCCGAGGACUAUCCGGAAGAAAGGCCGGUGCUGUUAGUCGGGAAUAAGGAUAUCCCUAAAGGGUUCAGCAUCAAUGUUGAGAGGGGCUGGGAUAAGCUCGCUGAGGAGAAGAAGGGCUCGACUCUUUUGGCACUGGUCUAUGCUUUGGACAGGAAUCUGGAACGAUUCUUGUCGGAGCAGAAAGUGGAAACGAUCAAACUAGUAUCGUUCAAAGACACGAGACAUCUCGACCAAGCAGCGAAACAGAAACAGUCGGCUGCUAUCGAGUCUCCUAUCGUGGAAGCACAGGUAGCUCCCAGCCCCCCUCCCAGACGAUAUAUCCCGGAACCAUCGUACACCAGAGAACAGAUUGCCGAGGCAAAAGCAAGGCGAGCUCAGGAGAUUCGACAACUCGAGGCGAGAAUGGGAAGGAUGCCUCAGUACCGCCGUUCUGCUGAUGGUGUCAUUUUCACGCUGCCGCUCGAGCCAAAACGUCGUGGCGAGCUCCCUUCUGGUUUACACUCGGUCAACAGCAUUCAUCUAAUCAUUCCGCUUUUAUAUCCGCUACAGCAGCUGCGCGUGCAGCUGAAUGAAGCCAACGCCGAUGAUGCGGAACCCAUUGAAGACCUCUUUGCAGAAAAGGUUCUGGAGCAGAAGAACAUGACACUCAUGAGCCACGUCAAUUAUCUAGCCCAGAACCUCCAUAAUCUUGCAAAGCAGGCGCAUGGGCUAGCAUUAAAGGCUGAAAAGGAGCAGGCAGCAGCGGCGGCGGCAGCAGCGAUACAGGAGCAGCAAUCGCAGUCACAAAACAACGGAGAGGUUUCUGCUAGCUCAUCGCAGCCUCUUAUCAAAGGGAAGGGUCAUAUUCAGGUCAUUCCUCGACCUCCUGAAUGGAACGUUGGCCAUGAGGGAGACGAAUCAGAAGAAGAUAGCUACGAAGACUCGGAUGAAGACGGCGGGGCAGUGUUGGGAAAUGACGACGACGUCGCGGCAGUACCAUCGUCCAGUGAGGCGGUUGAACACGGCACCAUGAUUUCGUUUCCAAACAUUGAACUUCACAGCGUCGAACUUUUACAGAUAUCGAUUCUGAGUCUAAGCGUCAAGUGCGAGAGAUGCAAGACGCUAAAUGACAUGACCGGCCUCAAGCCUGGAGUUGAAAAGACGUCGAGUUGCAAGAAAUGCGCGACGCCUCUCGCUGCCAAAUUCAACCAACAGCUUGUUCAUGAGAAUUCGGCAAGGGCUGGAUUCAUUGAUCUCUCAGGAGGCAAAGUGGCAGAUAUGCUGCCAAGCACCUUUGUACCUACGUGCGCCAAGUGCUCGAUGCCAAGCCAAGGGCUCGUUUCUGUAAGAGGCGAGACCACGACGAAUGUCUGCCGAGACUGUCACAGCAAAUUCACCUUUAAAAUUCCCGAAGUCAAGUUCCUCUUUAUCUCUCCUGGAUCGCUUCCCCCGCCUUCUUCAGCCGGCCUUCGCCGGAAGCAAGAGAAGCUUGGACUACAUGCAGGCGAACAACUCCCAGACAGGGGUACUUGCUCCCACUACCGUAAGUCUUACCGUUGGUUCCGUUUCUCAUGCUGCAAUCGUGUGCACAAGUGCGACAAGUGCCACGACCAGGCUGAGGAUCAUAUCAACGAGUGGGCAAACAGGAUGAUCUGCGGUUUCUGCAGCCGUGAGCAAAACUACGCCGUCGAAGCGUGUCGCUUCUGCGGUCGUAGCGUCAUUGGUAGGAGAGCCAAGGGAUUCUGGGAGGGUGGUAAAGGAAACAGAGAUAAGACGACAAUGAGAAAGAAUGACUCGAGGAAGUACAAGAGGAUUGGGGGUACUGUGGCAAAGAAGGAUUGA